UAAGCGCCUCGCGCCGCCGCCGCCCCGGCUCGGCCCGCCGCCCGCGGUGAGCCUCGGGCCUCCCCGCACGGCUCCGCCGGCGGCGGCGAUGACCGGGGAGAAGAUCCGCUCCCUGCGGAGGGACCACAAGCCCAGCAAGGAGGAGGAGGGCGACCUGCUGGAGCCCGGCGAUGAGGAAGCGGCGGCCGCCCUCGGCGGCACCUUCACCGCCGGAGGCAGGAUGGGCAAGGGCGGCCGAGCCUGCCACAAGAUCUUCAGUAACCACCACCACCGGCUGCAGCUGAAGGCGGCCCCCGCCCCCGGCGCGCCCGCCGCGCCGCUGCACAACUCCGUGACCACCCCGGCUCCCGCGGCCGGCCCCAAUCCCGAGGCUGCGGUCGCCGAGGAAGGCCACUGCCCCGCACACUACCCGGUGCACGAGUGCGUCUUCAAGGGGGACGUGAGGAGACUCUCCUCCCUCAUCCGCACGCACAAUAUCGGGCAGAAGGAUAAUCACGGAAAUACUCCUUUACAUCUUGCUGUGAUGUUAGGAAAUAAAGAAUGUGCCCAUUUACUUUUGGCUCACAAUGCUCCAGUAAAGGUGAAAAAUGCUCAGGGAUGGAGCCCUCUGGCAGAAGCCAUCAGCUAUGGAGAUAGACAGAUGAUUACAGCUCUCUUAAGGAAACUUAAGCAGCAAUCCAGGGAAAGUGUUGAAGAAAAACGACCUCGAUUAUUGAAAGCCUUGAAAGAGCUAGGUGACUUUUAUCUAGAACUUCACUGGGAUUUUCAAAGCUGGGUGCCUUUACUUUCCCGAAUUCUGCCUUCUGAUGCAUGUAAAAUAUACAAACAAGGUAUCAAUAUCAGGCUUGACACAACUCUUAUAGACUUUACUGACAUGAAGUGCCAACGAGGGGAUUUGAGCUUCAUUUUCAAUGGGGAUGCGGCACCCUCUGAAUCUUUUGUAGUAUUAGACAAUGAACAAAAAGUUUAUCAGCGGAUACAUCAUGAGGAAUCAGAGAUGGAAACAGAAGAAGAAGUUGACAUUUUAAUGAGCAGUGAUAUUUAUUCUGCAACUUUAUCAACCAAAUCAAUUUCUUUCACACGUGCCCAAACUGGAUGGCUUUUUCGAGAAGACAAAACAGAGAGAGUAGGAAACUUUUUGGCAGACUUCUAUCUGGUGAAUGGACUUGUUUUAGAAUCAAGGAAAAGAAGAGAACAUCUUAGUGAAGAGGAUAUUCUUCGAAAUAAGGCCAUCAUGGAAAGUUUGAGUAAAGGUGGAAACAUAAUGGAACAGAAUUUUGAGCCUGUUCGAAGACAGUCCCUUACCCCUCCUCCUCAGAACACUAUUACUUGGGAAGAAUAUAUAUCUGCUGAAAAUGGAAAAGCUCCUCAUCUGGGAAGAGAACUGGUGUGCAAAGAAAGUAAGAAGACAUUUAAAGCCACAAUAGCCAUGAGCCAGGAAUUUCCCUUAGGGAUUGAAUUAUUAUUGAAUGUUCUAGAAGUAAUAGCUCCCUUCAAGCACUUUAACAAGCUUAGAGAAUUUGUUCAAAUGAAGCUUCCGCCAGGCUUUCCUGUAAAAUUGGAUAUACCUGUAUUUCCCACGAUCACAGCCACUGUGACUUUUCAGGAGUUUCGAUAUGAUGAAUUUGAUGGCUCUAUCUUUACCAUACCUGAUGACUACAAGGAAGACCCCAGUCGUUUUCCAGACCUUUAACUGACAUGCAAAAUGAUACUAUUCAACCAAGAACAAGAAAAACAGACUCCCAGAAAUGAAUCCAAGUAGAAGGGACAUAUGCUUUCAGUAAAGGGAAUUAUAUGUUGAAUUGACACAUCAGUAAUAGGAUAUAAAGAAAUGGGCCUCUAAAAGAAUUUCAGCAAGUUUUCUGAUGUGCCAUUUUCAGUCUUUUUAAAAGUAUACUUAAUAUAAGUGUAAUAGUUUGACCUUAAUGACCCUACGACCUUCGUAUGUAAAGCAGCUACCAGUGCUGUGAUUUGUUUUUAAAGAUUUUUACAUUUCUUGUUGAAAUAUAUAUGCAUAUAAAUAUAUCUAUAUAUCUAUAUAUCUAUAUAUCUAAAACACUCCUGGACCAUUAAUGUAAAUUAAAUGUCUUAAAAGAGAUAUGAAGCCCUUUUAAACUCGUCAUCUUAUAUUCAAGGUGACAUAAAUAUUCGUUCGCUUUGUUUUCACAAAAUGUAAACUCUGUAACAUUAUGUAUAGUUCAGUAAUUUGAAUGUUUGUUCAAUAUAAUGAACUAGAAGGAAUGCAAUUUUCUGUAGAUGAAUGAACCAAAUGGUAACCAUUAAAUAAUUGCAUUUAUAUGUUGCAAUACAUUUCAGAGGGAGCGUUCACGCUGCAGGGAAUAAGGUACCUCUUUUAGCACCUUAGUGCAGUUCAUUGUGGUGCUAUUUGUUUUUACCUGAAUUCUUUCUUCAAUGGAAAAUGUUGUUAUUAAUCUUCCUUUCAUAGAACCUCUAUUUUUUGUUUUCUAAAUUAGUUUAAAAGUCCUUGUUAUGUUCAGAUACAGUAUGGUUAGCAUGCUUAAGAUCCUCUUCCAAGUCUCAGCACUUUAAACAAAUUCCAGGUUUUUAAACUUGCUUCCUAAAAAGUGCAUAUAAGUCUGAUGAAUAUGUUUUUAGUGGAAUAUGGAUACAUUGGUGUCAAUUUUAAAAAACAACCCACAUAUUUUAGACAACCUUACAUAUUUAAUGCUUUCAAUAUAAUGUUAAAAACAUUUUAUAUGCUAACAAUAUAUUUGUUACAAGUUAUAAAGUUCAGAAGUGUAUACAAGAUUGACAGUUCCUAUUUUUUUUAAGACACAGAAAAAUAUUUGUUAAUUUUGUUUUCAAAAUGUCAAAAUCAUUCACUCACUUUUACACUUACAAAUUUUCAUAUUUAUUACAAGAUGGUUUGAAGGUCCAAGAAUGAAAACAAAUUAGGGAGGAUAAUGUAUAACAGUUAUUAUACACUAUCAUGUUGUAUUAAGGAACUUAGCUAAAUGUUUUUUAAUUUGUCCUAAUGAAUGUGUCAAGAAUGAAUUUUUUAGUGACUAGUAGUUUAACAUUUUAUUUUCCAGGAUUUUAGAUUAUUUGAAAUAACUUUAGCCUUCUUUAUUGGAGAGAUGAUUUAUUGAAAUUCCAAAGAAACCAUAAGAAAAAUUUUAUAAUCUUUAAAGCUGCAUCUUCCAUACCAGUAACAUGUUAAAUAUGUCAACAUUUUAUUAAAUGUAUUUUAUAGCGAAGAAAAAUGAUUAUAGUUAAAAAUUCAAAGACCUAUGUGCAUCUGUUAAAUUUUGAGAAAAGAAUGGGAAAACACAGAUUUUUUUUUUUUAAAUUAGGAGUUGGUCUUUAGAAUUUAGGAAAUGAUGAGAGAUCAGCUCCUCAAAGAAUUGUCCAGUCAGUGGUUACUUACAUAAAGUUUGAGAUUCUGAAAGGCAUUGCCCAUUAUUGUUUUUUAGCCUAUCUUGUUUUGUAGAAAUGUGGUAUACUUUCAGGAAUAUACUGCACAUUUAUUAGUAAGUACAGACAAUUUAGGGGAUUAUUAAAAAAAAAAACCUAUGGUAAAUUGCAGCGUGGGAGUUACCAGUUUCUUAACAGCUGUGAAUAUUUUGCUGGGGUACACUGGAGAUAGGAAGACUACUGAAAAAUUUUGCACUUGGAUUUGUUUUUAAGACCUUAAUCUUUUCUUUUUCUUUAUAAAAUAGUAGAAUCCAUUCCAUUCCAAAAUGUCUUUUCUCUGAUCACAAACACGAACUAAGUGUCAAUAUCUCAUGAUGGUGGACAAAAGGAGUUAAUGCAAAUAAGCAAAUAAACUUUUCACAAUAUUA